AAGAAGGUCACUUUGCUGAUGCAGCAUUAACCAAUCACAAGGCAGAUUACGAAUGAGGCUUGGAACUCAUCCAGUGAGUGUAGAAAACUUGAAUCUCUGAGUGUCAGCACAGACAUCAGUUUUCUUGAUCAUCACCUUGGAACGUCAGCUUGGAACUUCUGUGGCACACCCGUUUAAUUAUUAGUUUUGGACACGCUAUACAAUAUAAUCUACCCUCCAAAGCCACAAUCUUGCUAUAAGGAUGUCAAUAGCUGCUGUUUUCAGAAUAAACCACUUUGCUCGUCAAACACCUUGGUAUGGAUUGGGUGAGGCUGUAAUUUCUGGUAAUACUGUUGCUUCAAGAAGGCUGCACCGCAAGGCCUUUGAUCAGUCACAACAGAAGGGACAUAAAGAAAUGACGAAUGUGAUAACCCAGAGGCACGGGACUAUUGUCACAAUUGGAAUUAACAGGCCAGAAGCCAGAAAUGCUGUAAAUCCAGAGACUGCUUCCCAGCUCGUUCAGGCCUUUAAUCAGUUUGAGAAUGAUCCAGACUUGACUGUGGCUGUAAUCCAUGGAAUAGGAGGACAUUUCUGUGCUGGGCUUGAUUUAAAGGAAAUAGCUCACAAUGCAAGUGCAUUGAAUGUAGAGCGAGAGGUGACUAAAGGAAAAGGCCCAAUGGGCCCGUCUAGGAUGGAGUUUACUAAGCCAGUAAUUGCUGCUGUAAGCGGAUAUGCGGUAGCAGGAGGAAUGGAAUUAUCCCUUUUCGCAGAUAUGCGAGUUGUAGAGAGAAGUGCAAUUUUUGGAAUCUUUUGCAGGCGUUUUGGUGUUCCUUUAAUUGACGGUGGAACAGUAAGACUUCCCAAACUCAUUGGGCUUUCCAGAGCCCUGGAUCUUAUACUUACAGGUCGCCCAGUUAAUUCUCAAGAAGCCUAUGAAUUUGGAUUAGCUAAUCGCGUGGUACCUGAUGGCCAAGGUCUACAAUGUGCUAUUGAGUUAGCACAAAAUAUAUCAUCCUUUCCACAGAAGUGCAUGCUUGCUGACAGAGCCUCCGCCUACAACAGCACUUUUGAAGCAUCAAGCUUUACAGAUGCAAUGCAAUAUGAAUAUGAUUUUGGAGCUAAGGUUCUUAUAGAAGAGUCUAUUCCUGGAGCCAAAAGGUUUGCUGCAGGAGAAGGAAGGAAAGGAAAAUUCUAGUUUUGAAUUUUCAUGAGUAUUGAAGUUUAUUAAAUUAGAAUUGGGCCCUUACACAGUGUAAAUUUUCUUAGCAUCCUUUUAUUGGAAACAUUUGUGUGCAUUUAAACUAUGUGCAAAUUCAUCUACACAUAAACUUUCCCCGCACCAGAA